AUGUUGGGAGGAGGUGGGAGGAGUGAAGUAAUUGGGGGUGAUUUUAAUGCAACUAUUUCGGUGGAUGAGAAGAAUACAGAGGGUAGAAGAAUUGGUUCGAUGAACAUGUUUGCUGACUUCAUAAACAGUAUGGAAUUAAUGGACAUCCCAAUUCAGGGUAAUAGAUUCACUUGGACCAAUAACCAAUCUGUCCCGACCCUGGUUAGGCUGGACAGAUUCUUGGUUUCUUCAAACUGGGAUGAAUUCUUUCCUGAUUUCAGACAGCUUACCCUUCCUAGACCGAUGUCCGACCAUAGCUUUAUUCAACUUGUUUGUGGUCUUCGUGAGACAGUCAAAUCCCCGUUUAAGUUUGAAAAUGCUUGGUUUGAGGAGGAAAAUCUUAUCCCCUUAAUCAACUUUGUGUGGAAUGAGUUGCAAGUGGACGACUCUAGUUCUUUCGUUAUGGCAUCAAAAUUAAAGGCUGUCAAGGRUAAACUAAAAAUUUGGAGUAAGGAGAAGAAUAUGAAGUGGGUUACUGAUAAGAAGGCUUUGUUGAGCACCAUUGUAGAGAUUGAUAGAGCUGAAGAGGUGGGUCCCUUUUCUGAAGAUCCGAGACUUAAGAGGUCAAUUGCAAAAUUCAUAUAUGAUAAGAUGGCAGUUGAGGAAGAGAGGAAGUGGAGACAAAAAGAUAAAUCCAUUUGGCUUAAAGAGGGGGAUAAAAAUACAAAGUUCUUUCACAAAAUGGCAAAUGCUCGUGCUAGGUUCUCUUCAAUCAGCAAGCUGGCGUGGGAGGACAGGUGUGGUGAGUCUAGUUCUGAAGUCAAAUCUAUAGCUACUUCUUUCUAUAAGAACCUUUAUAAAGAGAAGUGGGUUCAGAGACCUUUUCCCUCCGAGCUCCAAUUUAACAAGUUAAAUGAAGAGCAAAAAAUCUGGUUAGAGAGACCAUUCUCAGAAGAGGAAAUUAAGGGUGCAGAAAAGAAGCUAGAAAAUGAUAAAUCACCGGGUCCUAAUGGGUUCUUUAAUCUAUUCUAUUUAAAAUGUUGGGAUAUUGUGAGGAAUGAUCUGAUGCAGGUGCUUCGGGCAUUUCACACUAAUGCCUCCUUUUAG